UAUCAUAUCAAAUCAAUUAUGACCUUAAAAAAUCUGGUUAGCUCAACAAAGAAUUACAACUGUUUCUCCGAAUUGAAACUAUCUUUAGUCAAAAUGAGACCAUGUGUCAGCUUACUUACAUUUCUCCUGUGCUCAGUACCAAUUGCUGUAGAGGGUGACGAGGAUAAACUCUUCGAUGAAAGAAACGAACGUUACAGUUCCUCUACUGUGGGACUUUUAAAAUUACUGAAAGUGGAACAACAGUUCACCGAUACCCUCAUCAAAUACGCAGUGCAACUAGGAGAAAAAAGCCAAUCGCUUCAUUCGUACUUGUCUGAAGGUGGCCAUCAGUCGAACCGCAGCCCCAAAGAGAAAGAGGAAUUUAUUUCCAAUCCCUUAAACGCGUUUUCCCUUAUAAGACGGACAAGCGAGGAUUUGCCUAAAUGGUACACCUACUUUAAAGAUUCAAUUAAAAAUGAGGACCUGAGUGUGCUGGAUGAUCUAGUUAAAAAGGUGCCAAAUAAGGUGGAUCUAGAUUCAGCCAUACAGGGAAUCCAACGUAUAGAAAGAGUAUAUGACUUAAAAAUUGAUGACAUGGCACAAGGGGUUCUACAUGACAAGCAGUACAAUUCUCGACUUUCCUAUCGCGACCUCAUAGCUAUGGGAAAUAUGAUGUACCAACAAGGCGACUAUAAAGCAUCUGCCAAAUGGUAUCGUAUUGCUUGCAAACGCGAACUGGAUGAUCUCGAUAUAUUAUUAAAUGAGGUUCUAGGAAAUCCAUCCGAACACCUCCACCGGCAAUACAUAAAAUCCCUAUAUAUACAUGCCAGUACUAUAUCAGAACCUUUAAAGUCUGCUGAAGAAGCCUUUAUAACUGCUGAGAACGCUAUGGCAGACACCGGUCAAGAAGAUGUGGACAAUUUAAUGUUUAAUUUGAAUGACCGGGAAAACGAUCUUGUAAUAAAGAUUCAAUUGUAUCAGACAAAAAAGCGUCCCUCCAAUUUCGAAAUCGGAUGUCGAGGACUUUAUCGCAGAAAACGAAACCUUGUGUGUCGCUACAAUUUCACCACUACCGCGUUCCUGCGAUUGGCCCCUCUGAAAUUUGAGGAAAUCAACUUGGAUCCCUAUAUCGCCAUGUAUCACGAUGUCCUUUACGAUUCAGAAAUUGAGGAACUUAAAGGGCAAUCCAUAAACAUGGGUAAUGGUUAUGCGGACAAGAGAAACGGUACGGAAAUCAGAGAUACAGUGGCCCGACAUGCCUGGUGGUCUGAUACAUCUUCAGUGCGAGAGCGCAUCAAUCAGCGCAUUAUCGAUAUGACGGGAUUCAAUUUCUCAAAAACAGAGGAGAUACAGGUCGCGAACUAUGGAUUGGGCACAUAUUUCAAACCGCACUUCGACUACACCUCCGAUGGAUUUGAAACUCCAGAUGCUACUGCAUUGGGCGAUCGUUUGGCUAGCAUUAUUUUUUAUGCUAGCGAUGUUCCUCAGGGCGGAGCCACUGUUUUCCCAGAUAUAAAAGUAUCGGUCCUCCCACGAAAGGGCAGCAGUUUGUUCUGGUUUAAUUUGUUUGAUGAUGGAAGGCCUGAUGAAAGAAGUAAACACUCUGUGUGUCCUGUAAUUAAUGGAGAUAGAUGGACUCUCACGAAAUGGGUCCAUUUGUUUCCUCAAAUGUUUAUAUUGCCAUGCCAACCAUAAGUAAUAACCCUUAUUAAAUUUGUAAAAUAAAAC